AUGCUCUUCAUUUCCAACGCCGUUCUCUUGCUGUCCUCUCUGGCACCUCUGGUUUCUCAGGCUGCAGUAGUAAAUCCCUUCUCUGGAUAUACGGUUGUUUCUCCCAAGUGGAGGGUUGAGCUAUCACCCGGACAAUUCGAAAUAUUCAAUGGCACAAUGGAGGAAGCGAUCACCCAGGCCAAAGUGAUCAAUCCAGAUUUCGAAGUCGCGACUGAGAAGCGUGAUUUCCUUAUGGAUCGCGACGUUGCAUUGGGCCGCCGCAGCAACGUGAUAUGCGGUCAACAACCGUCAAAUGCCCUGAAGUCCCGUAUUGAACAGAAUAUUGCUGAGCUCAGGACCCGAGGCGCAAAUGUGUUGGCUUACCUUGGGGGUCGACAGUGCACUCGUCUGCUGUGUACGUCGGGUUCGGCCAAUCACUUCUGCAACGAUAAUGCAAGUCCUAUAGCAAUAACAUGGAAAGAUAUUGCAGACAGUAUUCAGCAUGGCAUAAACUCCUGCGCUGCAACUAUCGAUUGGUUCUCGGCUCAUAACUUCCAAGACGGAGGUUGGACCACAUUAUCCCGUGGCGACGACUGUUAG